CGGGCAUCCGCCAUUGUUGCAGCAGGCUCAAGCUCUGCUUCUCAAGAACUGUCGCGGAAUUCUUGGAAGAAACCCUUUCCCUUAAAUCAGUCCCCUAAACCGACCUCCGUUUCCGGCGAGAAGAACCAAAGUCGAUGGAUCAAUCCUUCUUACUAAUGCUCUCAACCCUCCUUCAUUUCCACAACUACCUAGAUCCCACCAUUUCCCUCCUCCCCUCCACUCCCUCCUCCGCCUCCUCCCCUUCCUCCGCCUCCCUCAACUCCCCCACCUCCCUCCUCUCCUCCUCCUCCGCCGCACCUCUCCUCUUCUUCACCAUCGCCUCCGUUCUCUCCUUCAUCGCCUCCUCUCGCCCCAACUCACCUUCCUCCCCUUCCGCUGCCUCCACCACCACUCCCCCUCCUCCCACCUCCUCCUCCUCCAAUUACUCCGUCUCCGCCUUCCGCGCCUUCUCCACUGACCACAUCUGGUCCCUCGAAGCCCCUCUUCGCGAUGCCCAUUGGCGCUCCCUCUAUGGCAUCUCCCACCCUGUCUUCACCACCAUCGUUGACAAACUCAAACCCCACAUUGCCCUCUCCAAUCUCUCUCUCCCUUCCGAUUACGCCGUUGCCAUGGUCCUCUCCCGUCUCUGCCAUGGCCUCUCCGCUAAAACCCUAGCUGCUCGUUUCUCCCUCGAACCCUAUCUCGUUUCCAAAAUCACCAACAUGGUCACCCGUCUUUUGGCCACCAAACUCUACGCUGAAUUCAUCAAAAUUCCGGUCAGUCGUCGGCGCUUGAUUGAAACAACUCAAGCUUUUGAAAAAUUGACUUCUCUACCCAAUAUGUGUGGCGCCAUUGAUAGCAGUCCAAUCAAGCUUCGUCGAUUGCCUGCCGACCAGAGCAUUUCGACUAAUUACAAUUGCCGAUUUGGGUAUCCAUCGGUUCUGCUUCAGGUCGUUGCUGACAACAAGAAGAUCUUCUGGGAUGUAUGCGUUAAAGCUCCUGGUGGCAGUGAUGAUGCCAGCCAUUUUAGGGAUAGUCUAAUGUACCAUAGGCUUACUUCUGGUGAUAUUGUAUGGGACAAGGUUAUCAAUGUUAGGGGUCACCAUGUUCGUCCUUACAUUGCUGGAGAUUGGGGCUAUCCUCUGUUGUCUUUCCUGUUGACACCAUUUUCGCCAAACGGCAUCGGCACGCCUGCACAGAACCUGUUCGAUGGAAUGCUAAUGAAGGGUCGGUCUGUUGUGGUUGACGCAAUUGGGUUGCUGAAGGCUAGGUGGAAGAUUCUUCAGGAUUUGAAUGUGGGUUUAAGCCAUGCUCCACAGACCAUUGUUGCUUGUUGUGUAUUGCAUAAUUUGUGUCAAAUUGCGAAGGAGCCAGAGCCUGAACCUUUGAAGGAUCCAGAGGAGACUGGCCCUGCGCCUGACAUCCUUGACAGUGAGAAAUCCCUGUGUUACUAUGGUGAAAGUGUGAGGCAGGCGUUGGCUGAUGAUUUGCAUCAUAGGCUUUCAUCAAGAUAGCUAAUGUUUAAUCAAUUCUUUUGAAGGGAAGAUGAGCUUCCAGCCUCUGUUCUUCAAAUAUUCAAUGUUGAUUCGAGAAGGAAUUUGGUUGUCUGAGAAAAAUGUAUAUGAAAUGGCAGAGAACUGCAAGAAUGGAGUAAUAUGGCAUUGACAGAUAGCUUGAGGUAUGUAAGUUAGGAACAAAGGGAUGCGUUUGUGUCUCCUUAACAUGCUAAGGUGCUGUAGAUUAUGGCUGAAUGUUGGUUGAAACUACGACAUUUGAGGCGGUUUAGAAAAAUGGUCGGUCCCUGAAUGUUGUGUUGAGCCGUUGUCUUCAUUUUGUCGUGCUGCUAUGAUGUAACGUGUCUAUCCCAUAUAAGAACAAUUCUAGGAGAGUUUUUGGAUGAUA